AUGGGGGGAGACAUACGGAUCCCAGCACAAUGCAGCUCUCUAUCUCCUCCCUUGCCCUUCUCUGUGCUUUCCCAUUAGUGUGUGGGAUCUUUGAUAUCCUUAUUAUAGACGUCCCUAAUGGGGGGAGAUGGGGGGCCUGGGGGCCGACGGAAAUGUGCCCCAUUGGGUAUGUGGCCAAAGGAUUCUCUGUGAAGGUGGAACCCCCACAGGGAUCCCUGGAUGACACUGCGCUAAAUGCCGUCCGACUGCACUGCUUUCCCUUUAAGAGUACCGACAAGGAACAUACAGUCACAUCGACAGAGGGAGAGUUUGGAAAAUGGUCCCGCCCUAUAUGGUGCCUCUGUGGCCACCUCAUUGCCUUCUCCCUAAAAGUGGAACCUCUACAGGGAGGCGGUGACGACACGGCCGUCAACAACAUCAGGUUUAAGUGCUCAGACAGCCGAGAACUUGAAGGACCUGGACUCAACUGGGGGCCAUAUGGACCUUGGAGCCAGUCAUGCCACUAUGGCAUCUGUGGCAUUAAGACCAGGGUAGAGGAGAAACAAGGGGGUUUGGACGACACUGGCCUGAAUGAUGCCCAGUUAUUUUGCUGUAGCAACAACUCAACUGAUUAAUGUCUGAUAGUGAAGGGUUUGCCCCUUACAUGGGGUAAAAUCUGUAAAAUGGUUGCGGUUUUCUUCAUAUGGAAAGUGGCUGCCAUAUUGGUAAUGUGAAAUAAGCUGUUUUCAAAUAAAAAAAAACAUGACUGUG